CACUUGAAGUUAUGGUUGAUCAGGAGCGGAUUGGCUGGUACUGAAGAAGACGAAAAGUUUGGUAAUAGUCUUUUUCAGCAACAGAAGAAAAUGGAGAAUUGGGAAGUCCAAGUUCUGAACCCAUCUUUUAGUAUUCCUGUUGUUGAUGUAAAGCAAGAAACUGCACAAACAAACCAACUUUAUGGUAAUGUAGAAGAUGAAUUUCAAGCUUCGAGAUCUUCUUGUUGGCCUCAAGUCAUUCCAGAAUCAUCCCCUACUUCUUCUAUUACAAGUGUAAGCAACAAUAUCUUGAAUUUCUCCGGCGCCAAGAUGGACUACGACCGCAAGAAUCAACAUCUAGAUCAUUCAUCGGAGUGCAACAGCACGAGCAUUGGUGGGGUAUCUAAGAAGCCUAAGGUUCAACAGUCAUCCAGUCAACCGGCUUUGAAGGUGAGAAAGGAGAAAUUAGGGGAUAGAAUAACAGCUCUUCACCAAAUCGUUUCUCCAUUUGGAAAGACUGACACUGCUUCAGUCUUGACAGAAGCCAUUGGUUACAUCAGAUUCCUUCAGGGUCAAAUUGAGGCACUGAGUUCUCCUUACAUGCGCAAUGCAUCGAGGAGCAUGGGUCACCAACAAUCUGUUCAAGAAAGGGAUUGUUUAUCUCCAGAAGAGUCUGGUCAGUUCUUGAAUGAUGUUAGCAUGGAAGGGAGUGGAGCUUAUGAGGAGAAUACUGAAGAUGGACAGAAGGACUUGAGAAGUAGAGGGCUGUGCUUGGUUCCAGUUUCUUGCACUCAGCACGUGGGAAAUGACAUUAAUGGAGCUGAUUAUUGGGCGCCGGCUCUUGGUGGUGGAUUUUGAUUCUGAUUUAUUUUCUGCCACCAAAACCACCGCCUCGUGGUGGAGCUAGCUCUAACAUCAGAAGCAGUCAGUCUCCAAGCAAGGUUGACUGCCACUGAUGCUACCAUUCAUUCUGAUAGAGAAGAAUUCAAGAAUGAAGAAGCCUUUCUGCUUUUAAGGAAAACAAUAAUGACCUAGAUUGCCAUGUAUAUAUGCAUUUUAGCUUUAAUUGGCACCAUUGAAUAUCUUCACCUCAAGCUCUUUGCUUUAUUAAAUUUAUGGAAACCCAAUUAUCCAUUUGUUUUUCAA